GAAAGUCUGCGCAUUCGAUCCCUGUCUCAUUUCAUCGUCGUCUCCGCAACGACUGAGCCCAGAAUCUCAGAUUCUCAAUGCUCUUAUUUUCUGUCUUUCUGGACACGCCAUUGUAUCGGUAUAGAAGUAAAUUUAGCUCCGAGUAACCGUGAAUCAAUAUGGAUGACAAAGACACAGAGCUCCUCUGUAGAGUUGCAGCAAAUCACUUAUUCUUAGCUCAAUUCGAACCAUUUCGAGCCACUCUGCGUAGCCUCCGAUCUAGAAAUCCGGAUAUUGCCCGGGCCAUUCUUCAGACUAUCCUUGCUAAGGGAGGCCGUCUCGACUCGAUCCUGUAUUCCCAUUCUUGCCCAUCCCCAGCUUUUCUUAGUUUUUUAUGCACGCUUGAACUCCUUGAAUUCAAUCAGCCCACGUCAAACCUUUGGUCGUUUGAUGCAGACACCCUGAAAUUGAGGGCGGAGUUUUUGCUGUAUUUGCAAGUUGUAAUUGUUAGGAUGUCAGAGAACUGCAAGAAAGGCAAGGACUCAGAGGGUGGUGGAGGAAAUGCAAUAAAUCAUGAGAAUUUUGAGUACAUGCGAGGGGAAUUAGGUGGGUGCCUGACUGUUUUAGAAAGGAUAUCUGCACUGGGUUUAAACCGGUUGAGACCGGAUUUGAUUGAAACAGAUGAUGAGGGGGAGAAUGAGGGGACUUGUGGAAGUGAUAUUAUACUGGAAGAAGAGGAAAUUAUGUCUCUAGGGAGGGUGUUUCUUGAAAAUGCUGAUGUAUUUCAAGCUUUGUGUGUAAACAUUCAAAAGCAAGUGAGUGGCAUAGAUGGUGAAAAUUCAGCAAUGGCUAUAACGUCCAGAACAAAAGUGAAGAAUGAAGAGGUUGAGGAAAAGGUGCUAAAAUUGAUCCAAAGAAGUGUUCAGAUUUCACAUUUGGAUGCUAUGAAGGAAUGUUUGGUGAAGGAUGAUGUGGAUGGAGCAGUUUCACACAUUCGGUUUCUCAAUUUGGAUUAUGGCGUUGAGGAGGAGCACUGCCAGGUUUUGCAUGAUAUCCUCAAGAGGAUUAUGCCAAUGAAGGAUGAAUUCGGAGAUACGUGGCUUGCUUCCAGAUGUAAGCUGUUGUCAGUUUAUGGAGAAGCACUCUCAUCAUGUUGUGCACGCCUAGUUCAAAUGAUUCAGGCUGUUCAAGAUGAGUUGCUCUUAGCAGAAAUCAAGACUUUGCGAUCUUCUGGUAGUAGACACAUUCCUUUCCCCCUCCUGCGCCUUCAAAAUUUUGUAGGAGAACUGAAAACUGAUACUGGUUCAAGUGAAAGGGCAAGAUUAUUAAAUACUGCUACGGGUUCAUGUUUGAGGGAAAUGUACCAUUAUGCUCGUGUUAGUGGCUUGCAUGUGCUGGAUUGUGUCAUGAAUACUGCAAUAUCUUCUGUGCGAAAGGAGGAACUUCAAGAAGCUAGCAAUGUUCUCCUUUUGUUUCCCCGGCUUCAGCCUCUUGUAGCUGUUCUGGGUUGGGAUUUGUUGUCUGGUAAAACAACGAUGAGGAGAAAACUGAUGCAAUUAUUAUGGACUAGCAAAUCACAAGAAAUUUAUUUGCAAGACUCUCUUCAUUAUAGUUCCAAAUUAAAUGAGGUGUCUUGUGUUGAACACCUUUGUGAUUUGUUAUGUUACCGACUUGAUCUUGCUUCUUUUGUUGCUUCUGUCAAUUCUGGCCUAUCAUGGAGUUUGAAAUCCUCGUUACUUUUGUAUGGGAAUGAACAUCCAGAAAAAGAAAAUGAAGGCAUUAAAUGGGACUCUUUUGUCGACAAUCUUGUGCUGGAAAGAUUAUCUGUGCAGAGUCCACUUCGGGUAUUAUUUGAUGUUGUUCCAAGAAUUAAAUUUCAAGAUGCGAUAGAGCUGAUCAGCAUGCAGCCAAUCACUUCAACACUUGCAGCCUGGAAGAGGGUGCAAGAUAUUGAGCUUAUGAACAUGAGAUAUGCUUUGGAAUCUGCUGUUCUUGCUGUGGGGACCAUGGAAGAAGAUUUAUGUGUAGAAGAGGGAAAGGAGGGCACUAUUAUGUGCCAUUUGAAAGAUCUGAAGAGCCAUCUUGAUGCCAUCAAUAAUAUUCCUCGAAAGAUAUUGAUGGUGAACAUUAUCAUAUCUCUUUUGCAUAUGGAUGGUCUCUCUCUUGGUUCAGAAGUUUCUACCUCAUCAAAGAGCUUAUCUGAUUUGCCCACUACUUCCAGUGGUGGAAAUUCGGAUACUGCAGCUCCAGAUUCAGUAAAUGAGACAGUUGUAUUGUUCAUUGAACAGUUACUUGACAUAUUACAGCACAAUAUAGCAUCAUCUGAGAAGGAGAGUUCGUGGUAUGAGAAUAUAUCAUCUAGUGGAAAAGACGCGCUUGAGUGGCGAAUCUUGAAUGCAAGGCAUUUUAUUGAAGAUUGGGGUUGGCGGUUGUCUAUUCUACAAUGCCUUCUGCCAUUCUCUGAACGACAGUGGAAAUGGAAGGAGGCUCUAGCGGUGCUACGUGCAGCGCCUUCUAAGCUACUAAAUCUUUGUAUGCAGAGGGCAAAAUACGAUAUUGGAGAAGAAGCUGUAAACCGUUUCUCUUUGCCCCCAGAAGACAAAGCUACACUAGCAUUAGUUGAGUGGGUAGAUGGCACCAUCAAAAGAGCAUCUGUGGAGGAUGCUGUGACUCGUGCUGUUGAUGGAGCUUCUGCUGCUCAGCAUUUAGAUUUUUCUAAUUUACAUGCUCAGUUAGGCCCUCUGCGUGCUCUUUUGUUGUGCAUUGAUGUAGCUGCAACAUCGGCCAAGUGCAAGACCGUAUCUAUGAAACUUUUAAAUGAGGCUCAGGUUAUGCUUUCAGAGAUCUAUCCUGGCAGUUCCCCCGAAAUGGGGUCAAAAUACUGGGAUCAGAUUCAUGAUAUGGCAAUGAUUUCUGUAGUUAAGCGCCUCCUUAGACAUUUACAGGAAUUACUUGAGCAGGAAAAAUCUUCAGAUCUUCAGGUAAUUUUAUCAGGAGAGGAGCUUGGUUCAUCCUCAAAGGAGUUCAACCGGCAAGGGCAUAGGGAACGCGCUCUUGUUAUGCUUCAUCAAAUGAUUGAAGAUGCUCACAUGGGAAAAAGACAGUUUCUUAGUGGCAAGCUUCAUAAUCUUGCAAGAGCAGUUGCUGAUGAAGAAACAGAAAGAGAUAACUUUAAAGGGGAAAGUUCAUAUUCUGAUAGGAAAACAUCUCUAAUGUGUGCUGUAAAUGGGGUUUUGGGGCUUGGCUUGAAAUCUUCGAAACAAGAAUCACCAACUUCUGCAGCCGGUGAAAGUAAUAUACAGUCUGCUAGCCAUGUCUGCAGAGAAACAGGGAAGAGAUUAUUUGGUCCUUUAAGCUCCCGGGUGGUAACAUAUCUCUCACAAUUUGUUCUCUACAUUGCUGCAAUUGGUGACAUUGUUGAUGGGACUGAUACCACUCAUGACUUCAAUUACUUCUCUCUCGUUUAUGAAUGGCCUAAAGAUCUUUUAACUCGUCUUGUCUUUGAGCGAGGCAGCACUGAUGCAGCUGAAAAAGCAGCAGAAAUAAUGGCCGCUGAUUUUGUGCAUCAAGUCAUUUCGGCAUCAGUGCCUCCAGUAUACCCUCCAAGAUAUGGUCAUGAUUGGGCUAGUAUCGCAUUGGUCCCUACAUUUCCUAAGAAUUAUUUCAGAAACAGUGCAGUUUCACCUUCACGCGAACCUAAGCUUGAUCUUUUUAGCCAAUCCCCAUCAACUCCUGGGUUACAUUUAUACCCUCUCCAGCUGGAUAUAAUAAAGCAUCUUAUCAAGCUAUCCCCAGUUAGGGCUGUCUUAGCAUGUGUGUUUGGUAGCAGUUUACUUCACCGUGGGAGUGUACCUUCCAUACCCAGGCCAUUUCAUGGCGGCAUGAUACCAAUAUCUGAUUCAAAUAGAUUAUUUUAUGAAUUUGCACUUGAUCAAUCUGAGAGGUUUCCUACUCUGAAUCGCUGGAUACAGAUGCAAAGCAACCUUCAUAGAGUUUCAGAAUUUGCUGUAACGGCUGACCAUGCAAAGAAUGAUAUCAUCGAACCUGAAAGUAGGGGAUGUAUGAAACGGCUUCGUGACUAUGGAAGUGAUAGUGAAUCAGAAAUUGAUGAAAACACCGUAAGCAGCAAUAAUAUGAUAACAAGAGUGCCAGAUGUAAAAAAUGAGGAAACCAUGUAUCCUGAUCCUUGGGGCGAUCCUCCAAAGUCUAUACAUUCUGAGUGUGAUUCAGUUCUUCUUUCCUUUGACUGGGAAAAUGAAGGCCCUUAUGAAAAAGCUGUUUCACACUUAAUUGAUGAAGGAAAGUUGAUGGAUGCUCUUGCUAUUUCUGACCGCUUCUUAAGCAAUGGUGCCUCCGACUGGCUGCUUCAACUCGUACUCGAACGGGGUGAAGAAAAUAACUCGGGGCAGUCUCAAGGUUACGUAGGAAAUCACAUCUGGAGCAACACUUGGCAGUACUGUCUAAGGUUGAAGGAUAAGCGACUUGCUGCUACACUUGCCCUCAAAUAUUUGCAUGGAUGGGAGCUGGAUGCUGCACUGGAUGUCCUUACUAUGUGCAGCUGCCACUUGCUUAAUACAGACCCUUUAAAAGAUGAGGUGGAGCGAAUGAGGCGAGCCCUGUUGAGGUUCAAGCAUAUAUUAUCCGCUGAUGACCUCUACAGUAGUUGGCAGCAGGUUGAGAGACAUUGCAAAGAAGAUCCUGAGGGCCUUGCACUUAAACUAGCUGAGAAAGGAGCUGUUUCUGCUGCUCUUGAAGUUGCUGAAAGUGAAGGACUUCCUAUUGAACUACGGAGAGAAUUGCAAGGCCGACAACUUGUAAAGCUCUUGACUGCAGAUCCUUUAAAUGGUGGAGGUCCUGCCGAAGCAUCGCGGUUUCUUUCAUCUUUGCGUGACACUGCUGAUGCUUUACCUGUUGCAAUGAGUGCAAUGCAACUUUUGCCAAACCUCCGAUCAAAACAGCUUCUUGUUCACUUUUUCCUGAAAAGAAAGGAUAACAAUUUGUCUGAGGUGGAGGUUUCCAGGCUCAACUCAUGGGCAUUAGGUCUUCGUGUCUUGGCUUCCCUGCCAAUACCAUGGCAGCAAAGGUGCUCUUCCCUUCAUGAGCACCCUCAUUUGAUUCUUGAAGUUCUGCUGAUGAGGAAACAACUCCAGUCUGCUUCUGUGAUUCUUAAAGAGUUCCCCUUGUUGAGGGACAGUAUGAUUAUUGCAUAUGCUGCUAAAGCUAUUGCUGUUAGCAUUACUACACCUUCUAGGGAGACACGAGUUGCAGUUACAGGUCAAAGGUCAAGACAGAAAAAAACUGGAACAUCUACACGGUCAUCCUUUACAAGUAGCCUAAGUAACUUGCAAAAAGAGGCUAGAAGGGCCUUUUCUUGGACUCCACGCAAUAGCGGAGAUAAAUCUGCCCCAAAAGAUACAUACAGGAAGAGAAAGACCUCCGGAUUAAUGCAAUCUGAAAGAGUGUCAUGGGAGGCAAUGACUGGUAUCCAGGAAGACCGUGUGUCCUCUUUUUCUUUGGAUGGGCAAGAGCGACUCCCUGCGGUUACUAUUGCAGAGGAGUGGAUGCUCACAGGAGAUAUAGAGAAGGAUGAAGCUGUUCGGUCUUGUCAUCGUUAUGAAAGUGCUCCUGACAUUACUCUUUUUAAGGCACUUCUUUCACUUUGUUCGGAUGAGAGUGCAUCAGCCAAAGCUGCUCUUGACUUGUGUGUUAAUCAGAUAAAAAGUGUUCUAACCUCCAAACAAGUACCUGAAAAUGCAUCAAUGGAAACUAUUGGUCAAGCAUAUCAUUUGACAGAAUCUUUUGUGCAGGGUUUGCUCUUUGCCAAAUCAUUGCUAAGGAAACUUGCUGGGAGUAGCGACAUGUCAGUUAAUGUGGACAGAAGUAGAGAUGCUGAUGAUUCGUCUUCUGAUGCUGGCAGCUCUAGUGUGGGCAGUCAAUCAACUGAUGAGUUGUCAGAGGCACUAGCACAAGUUGAGAUAUGGCUAGGACGUGCUGAAUUGAUGCAGAGCCUUCUUGGUUCUGGAAUAGCUGUGUCUCUUGAUGAUAUUGCCGAUAAAGAGUCAGCAGAACAUCUUCGAAACAGACUCAUUUUAGAAGAGAAGUAUAGUAUGGCUGUAUAUGCAUCCAAGAAGUGCAAGAUUGAUGUUUUUCCUGUGUGGAAUGCGUGGGGCCAUGCUCUACUCCGGAUGGAGCACUAUGCACAAGCUCGAGUAAAAUUCAAACAAGCACUUCAAUUACACAAAGGUGAUCAUGCAAAUGUGAUUCUGGAGAUUAUAAAUACAAUUGAAGGAGGCCCACCUGCUGAUGUUUCAUCUGCACGGUCAAUGUAUGAACAUUUAGCUAGAAGUGCCCCCGCAAUUCUUGAUGAUUCUCUGUCUGCCGAUUCCUAUCUCAAUAUUCUGUACAUGCCGUCUACAUUCCCACGCUCAGAAAGAUCCAGGCGAUCUCAGGAAUCAUCAAAUGAUCCUUCUGCUAAUGAUGCUGAUGUUGAUGAUGAACCUCAUAGCAACUUGGAUAGUGUUCGAUACAUUGAGUGCCUUAAUUAUUUUCAAGAAUAUGCUCGUCAGCAUUUGCUUGAUUUCAUGUUUAAGCAUGGCCAUUACCAGGAUGCUUGCUUGUUAUUUUUCCCACCCUCUUCUGUUCCUCCACCACCCCAGCCAUCAUCAGGAAUUGUCACUUCAUCUACUUCUCCUCAAAGACAAGAUCCUCUGUCAACCGAUUAUGGUAACCUUGAUAUUUUGUGUGAUCUUUGCAUUGCUUAUGGGGCCGUUCCUGUAUUGGAGGAAGUGUUGUCAGCAAGAACCUCAACGAGUGCUUCACAAGACCCUUUAGUAUAUGAGCACACUGUUGCCGCACUUGCCCGCAUAUGUAGCUAUUUUGAGAUCCAUAAACAUUUCAACUAUCUUUACAAGUUUCAGGUAAUCAAGAAAGAUCACUUAGCUGCCGGGCGUUGCUGCAUCCAGUUGUUUAUGAACUCAUCUUCUCAAGAGGAAGCUAUAAAACAUUUGGAACGUGCCAAGAUGCAUUUCGACGAUGGGCUGACAGCUCGAUCGAAACCAGGAGAUUCUACUAAGCUUGUUUCAAAGGGUAUAAGAGGGAAAAGUGCCUCUGAGAAGCUUACUGAAGAAGGUCUUCUCAAAUUUGUUGCCAGAGUUUCCAUCCAGAUAGAUGUUGUCAAAUGCUUUAAUGAUGCGGAGGGACCACAAUGGAAGCAUUCUCUAUUUGGGAAUCCAAAUGACCCUGAAACUUUCAGGAGGAGGUGCGUGAUUGCGGAGACUCUUGCUGAGAAGAAUUUUGGUUUAGCAUUUCCACUCAUUCAUGAAUUCAAUCUUCCAGCUGUUGACAUUUAUGCUGGAGUUGCUGCAUCACUUGCCGAGAGGAAGAAGGGAGGGCAGUUAACAGAAUUCUUUAGAAACAUUAAAGGAAUAAUAGUUGAUGAUGAUUGGGAUGAGGUUUUAGGAGCUGCAAUCAAUGUUUAUGCAAACAAACACAAGGAGCGGCCUGACCGUCUUAUAGACAUGUUGACUAGCAGCCACAGAAAGGUACUUGCCUGUGUUGUUUGUGGUCGUCUUAAGAGUGCAUUCCAAAUUGCCUCUAGAAGCGGAAGUGUGGCUGAUGUUCAGUACGUUGCACAUCAGGCUUUACACGCUAAUGCACUUCCCGUUCUUGAUAUGUGCAAACAAUGGCUAGCUCAGUACAUGUAGGAGGUAUUAUGCCAAGAUUGUCAACGUUUACUCAAAAUGGCAACUGCUUGGAUCAGGUGUACUUUGACUUGUGCUGAGCGAACUGGUAAUAACCCUGCCACCCACUACUGAGCUUGUCGAAUGUGGCUUCUUUUGAGAUUCUAGAGAUUUUCUGUGUUUUUUAUGUAAGCUUUUGUAUUAGGUGCAAAAUAAAAUAUGAUCGUUCAUGGCUUGACAUCAUGGCUUGAUUCAUGUUAGCUGAUCCCAAAAUCUUUGGGGAUGAGGCUUGGAUGUUGUUGUAAAUAGCUUGAUAUAUUCCACGUUUUCAAAAUUAAUAAAAAAUGAAAUAUAUCAAAUGUUAA